AUGGGAGUUGAAUCGAACAAAAUCGCGAAAGUACCCCUGGAAACUGUCUUGAGAUCCGGCCCGGAACUGCUUAACACGGAAGCCGGUCAAGCUCUACUGAGGCAGGGCCAGGAGCAACUGCUCACGAUGCUCCCCAUGCUGACGUUCGCUGCGCAGAAAGACGGCCAGUCGCAAGCCUCCAAGCAG